AUUUUUUUCUGUUUGCGCUUCAUACCAUACUAUAAUAAGCUCACUUUUUUUAAAAAAAAUCUUUUUUCUCUUCUUUUUUUGAUAUUUAGACCUCGAUGCUAUCAAAGGACUUGACGCCUAACUCUAAGGCUGUCAAUAUUAUUCGUCCCAUAAACCAACAAACUCAACAAAGACCAGAAGACCCUCAUCUCUUUCAGUUCUCUCACCAACAGACUAGCAAUAACUUUUCUUCUUCCACAAAUUCUUCUUCCUGUACAUUUUCAACCGCGUCCACUGUGAAUACACUUUAUAAUAAUACUGUUUUUACUUCUUCACCCAUGAUUCGCCAACCAUCUGCAGAAAGCAAUCCCGGCCUGUCUUUCUUUUGCCAAUCUCCAACUUCAAAUAAUCACAACAUUAUCACUAAAAACCAGCAAACGAAAGGCACGCAACAAAAGAAUGCCUCUUUUGAAGUAACUCCUACAGCGCCUGUUCAACAAAAACAGCCUCUUGUGAUUAGUCGCAUCAACCUGUCCAAUUUUAAUCGACGUUCGAUUACACCUCCUCCAGUAGUUCCGACAACCGACAAUGAUGGUAUCACAACAUUGGAUGAUAUUGAAGAUGAAGAAGAAGACGACGACGAUGACGAUCUAGUAAACUCAGAAGAUGAUGAUAUCGAUAUGGAGGUAGAAAAUAAGCCAAUACCUCAACAACAGCUCAGAAGAACGCCUUCUUCCUAUAACCCUUUAUUUGGCGUUAUGAGUGGAGGUCUAGGUUCUUUUCUCUUGAGAGGCACCAUGGCAACACAAGCAAAAACACAAGCAGACGAAGCAAGAGUGCAUCGAAAGAUAGAAGACUUAGAAAUAGAAAAGAAAUCGUUGAUGACAUUAAAUCAGACUCUAGAGACUGUAGUAAAAGAACAGUCCAAUACGAUAAGUGAUUUACAGAACAAACUAGCUGCAGAGACCACUGACGCCUGGCUUAGAUACAAGUUUAAGUAAAAAUGGUAUUAUGUCUUCCAGCGAUAUUGGUAUUAUGGACUCGUCUGAUUUGGAAAAAUGUUUGCAAGACGAAGAUGAUGCAUUUGAAAGAAUUCGCGCUAUGCUACUAGAGUUGAUUGAACAAGCACAAGCAGCUGUAGCAGAAGACAAAGAGUCGCAAGACUAUCAAG